UCUGCUCUUGGGAUUGUAAACAAAACAAAAAUGGCGUUGUAUUCGAUUUUAAACGGUCGUUUCCGAUAAAUUAUACGUAUGUGCUUCGGAUGAUGAAGUUUAAUUAAUAGUCAAUGACGAGUUUUAAUUUAAAUGUAAGAAAAUGGACCCGGGAGGCUCAAAGAAACUGAGGAUCAGGGAGCUGCCGCCUCUUCCACAGCGAGGGCAGAGAACUCUUCCCACAAUGUCCAGUCAAGACACAACAGAGGACGUUCCAGCACCUAAACGUAAGAAGAAGAGGGUGAAAAAGGAGAUAAAUGGAGCUGAUGAUUUGGAUGAUCAGGGAAUGGAGAUGGCAGGCGCUGGCAGCCGAAGAGCGUCUGAGGUCGGAGAGCAGCUGACCUUUGAGACAUCAACAGAUGCGCUGCCGCAGAGGAGGAAGAAGAAGAAGAAAAGUGCCACUAUAGAUCUCGAUGAUGACCAAGCUGACCUUGUGAACGGAGAAACCGGCGAUCAUACCACCGAUGGAGAAGAGGUGGUCCGAAAGCCCAGAAAGAAAAAGAAGUCAAAAGUAGCUGAAUCGCAGCUUCCUGGCGAGUUGGACGUAGAAGAGGACGACAUUAUCACCGAAUCCUCGUCUCCGAUCCCGCAGCAUUCCCUGUUCUCAGCGCCGCAGGGUCAGAGCCAGCCGGUCGGGAAGGUUUUUGUGGAGAGGAACAAGCGAUUCCAGGCUUCGGAGCGUUCAGACUGGAGGAAGACCAGCGACCAGAUGGACAACAUGACAGACUUCCAGCACAUGCAGCCUCUGUGGACCACCAGAGACGUCGCCAUCAGAGUGCACGAGGGCUUCAGGGUUUUCGGUUUGUAUUGUCAUGGCUUCCUGGCCGGCUACGCUGUGUGGAACGUGGUGGUGGUGUACAUGCUCGCCGGGCAGCACCUCACCGCUCUGUCCAACCUACUGCAGCAGUACCACAGCCUGGCAUACCCCUCCCAGUCUCUGCUCUACAUGCUGCUGGCCAUCAGCACUGUAGCCGCCUUCGACAGAGUGAAUCUGGCCAAAGGCUCUAUGGCUCUGCGGGAGUUCAUUACGCUGGAUCCAGUGGCUCUUGCAUCGUUUUUGUAUUUCUCAGCUUUAGUCCUUUCUCUGAGUCAGCAGAUGACCAGUGAUCGAAUCAACCUCUACCCGUCCUUCAACACAACUUUAUGGCCUCCAGGGUCUGAGCACCAGAUUCUCCACCCGUGGGUGACCAUCAAUCUUGUGGUGGCUCUGCUGGUGGGCCUGGCGUGGUUUUUUAUCGCCAGCAGACCUGAGACAGACUACACUGAAAGCUAUCUGAUGGCUAUGGAAAUCGAGCCUCCGAAGCCUGAGGAAAAAUCAGAAAUAACAGCUUGAGAAAAAGAAGUUGCUGAACGUCUGCUUUGAGGAUUUCUUUGCAGCUUUGUUGAUGUCUUGCACAUAUGUGGCUGUGAAUGUGUCAUAGAUUAUUUUUGUAUUUUCUAAAUGUCUCUAAAAAUCUCUUUUUUUUUUUUUAAAUAAAGGGGUUUAACUAAAA